ACCCCAUGUUUUUUGUGUUUUUGAGAUUUUGAUAAAUAUUUUGGGUACCUAUGUGUCAUUUCCUCAAACGUGCCUCAAUCUAUAGCACUGGGUGUACUUUCAUGCAGUGUACUUUCAAUAUUUUUUUCAGAUACACUGUUAGUUUAUGUCAAGAACUGAACUCCAAUCCUUCCAAGCAUGAGUCAUUUUGAAUUGGAAUAGGGAGGGGAGGUCCUAGGCAGUCUGUAUCUGUAGGGGAGCAUUCUGGUCUAGGGGCACUUGCUCGUCUGGUCUACAUAACUGAGCGACAGACAUAAGUGAAACUUUCAGGAGCGAUGGCUCCGAAGUGUAAAACUGGCUGCGGCAAAAACGCCAUCCUAAAGCGCCCGAAGACUGGCGACGCGCUGUGCCGCGAGUGUUUCUUCUGGGCAUUUGAGACGGAGGUGCACAACACGGUGACGGCGGCACGUCUGUUCCGGCGCGGCCAGUACGUGGCGGUGGCGGCCAGCGGAGGCAAGGACUCCACCGUGCUCGCCCACGUCAUGAAGGAGCUCAACCAGAGGUACGACUACGGCCUGCGCCUGGUGCUGCUCAGUAUCGACGAGGGUAUCACGGGGUACCGCGACGACAGCCUGGAGACGGUCAAAAGGAACCGGGACCAGUACGGCAUACCGCUCACCGUGCUCUCAUACGAGGACCUGUACGGCUGGACCAUGGACGACAUCGUCAAACAGGUGGGUCUGCGGAACAACUGCACGUUCUGCGGCGUGUUCCGGCGCCAGGCGCUGGACCGCGGCGCCGCCCAGCUCGGCGUCGACCAGAUCGUCACCGGGCACAAUGCUGACGACAUCGCCGAGACGGUAGUGAUGAACGUGCUGAGGGGCGACAUCGCGCGCCUGCAGCGGUGCACUGCCAUCAGCACGGGCACCGAGGGUUCCAUCCCACGCUCCAAGCCUUUCAAAUACACCUACGAGAAGGAGAUCGUCAUGUACGCCUACUUCAAGAAGCUCGACUACUUCUCUACAGAGUGCAUCUAUUCGCCCAACGCCUACAGGGGUUACGCGCGCGCCUACCUGAAGGACCUGGAGGCUAUCCGAGCCACCUCCAUCAUCGACAUCAUCCACUCGGGGGAGAGUCUGGCGGUGCGCGACGCCGCCCGGUUGCCCACGCAGGGCACCUGCUCGCGCUGCCAGUACAUCUCGUCCCAGCCCGUCUGCAAGGCGUGCGUGCUGCUGCAGGGACUGAACCAGGGCCGGCCACGACUGGGGAUCGGGAAGAGCAGCAAGGUGCAGGAGCGGGCGCGCGAGACAGAGGGAGAGAGCGACGACCGGCCGAAGGUCGACUCCGCCACGGUCACCGUCGGCGCCGGCUAAUGAAAACGACCUGUCCCAGCUGCUACUUGUCACUUGUUUGUGGGAUAUUGUGCCUAUAUAUAAAUUAUUUUGCA